AUGCCCGUGGCCCGCACUCCCCCGGGCGGCCCCGCAGCCCUGGCCUGGGCCAACCAGAGCGGAGCGCGCGACCUCGUGCUGCUGGGCUUGGCGCACGUGCCCAGGCUGCGCGCGCUGCUGGCCACACUCUUCCUGGCGCUCUUCCUGCUGGCGCUGCUGGGCAACGCGCUCAUCGCGCUGCUGCCCGGCCUGGACCCCGCCCUGCGCGCGCCCAUGGACUUCUUCCUGCGCCAGCUGGCCCUGGUGGAGCUCUGCUUCUCGCUGGACGUGGCGCCGCGCCUGCUGCUGACCCUGCUGCGGCCCGGGCGUGGCGUGUCCCCCGCGGCCUGCGCCCUGCAGCUGCUGCUCGUGCUGUGGUGCGUCACGUCCGAGUGCUUCCUGCUGACCGCCAUGGCCUGGGACCGCUUCGUGGCCAUCUGCAGGCCGCUGCACUAUGGCGCCCUGGUGAGCCUCAGGCGGUGCCGCCUGCUGGCCGCCGCCUGCUGGCUGGCGGGAGUCCCCGUGGCGCUGGUCUUCACCGUCUGGCUGUUCAGCUUCCCCUUCUGCGGGCCGCGUGGCAUCCGCCACUUCUUCUGUGACAUCGCCCCUCUGCUCAGCCUGGUGUGCGCAGACACCAGGGUCUUCGAGGCCAACGUGUUGGCGGCCACGGUGUUGGUCAUGUUCAUUCCCUUCUGCCUGAUUGCCACAUCCUACGCCAGGAUUCUGGCCGCUGUCCUGCGGAUGCCGUCGGCCUCCGGGCGCCUCAAGGCGCUGUCCACCUGCGCGUCCCACCUCAUCGUGGUGAUUCUGUUUUAUGGCACCACGGGGGUCAUCCAUUUGCGCCCCAAGGGCAGCUACUCUCCUGAGAGCAAGCAGGUGGUGUCCCUGUCCUACACCCUGGUGACCCCCAUGCUGAACCCCCUCAUCUACAGCCUUCGGAACAAGGAGGUGAAGGCUGCCCUGGGGCGCCUGUGUUGUCAGAGAAGAGGUGUGCACCUACUGUGCACCUAUGGCAGCCCCAACGUGCUCAACCAGGUCUUCUGUGACGUCUCCCCCCUGCUCAACCUCUCCUGCACCCACGCGGCCCUCACGGAGCUGGUGGACUUCAUCUCGGCCAUCGUCACCCUCGGGGUUCCCUGA